AAUUUCACUGGCUCAGAGUUUAGCUCCAUGAUACUUAUCAAACUCAAGGCACCUGACCUUCUAUAACAAACGUUUGAAUCUUAUCUUUUGAUGGGCAGUGGUUUUCCCGCAAUUGUUGACAUUUUUCUGUGUGAUUGAAAGCCAUUUUUGACGCCAGAUGCAAUUAGGAAAUGGUCUGAACGUUUCGCAAGAAUGUUGUUCAAUUAACUGGACAGAAUGUUCCCUAUUACAGGAAGAAAAUACGAAGACGUUAGCUGAUUUCUGCACAUUCAAAAAUAUCUAGAGAUAAUUAAACUACAAGGUUGCCAUGAGCAAAUGAUGUUUAAUAUCUUAUCGUUAAAUGAUUCUUAGCUUAGUGCGAACUGCGAGGUGCAUUUAUGAUUCCCGGCUUUCGAGUUUAUUGCCGUUGUGUUUUUCCCGAUGUUGCUUUACAUUAAAACUAGUUACUUUGAGCUCCGCCCCAUAAAUCCAUAGUUGACAGCUUUGUUUAUGUAAUUCAUUCUACUUGUGGCUUAGUUAUUCACUUUACCAUUCGCUACCAAUCAUUCUUUACGCGAGCAAAAGAUUGCGUAAUAGCGAAUAAGGAAAGUGGAGCGGCGUAUUACCAUAUUUUGUUCGUUGAAUUCAUGUAUAUCCACGUGUUGAAAAAGGUAAAAAAAAAAACGUAGGGAGAGUAAGAAACUGAAAAAGGACGAGAACAAAAUGGCCGUCCUUUACCGAACCCUUCCCUUUUGGCAAUGUGUUCUCGCAGGAAGGAAAAGUUGAAAAUCGUCAGUUGCAAACCUCUUUCUGUUGUCUUCUGACCUCCGAAUUUUCGUCUCUGCGUGGGCAACAUUUUUCUCCACUCAAGACACUCUGUCUGCACAAUGGAUGAACCUGCGCCCUACAUUGUAAAAUUGGAAAGUUAGUUCUCAACUGCAGACUGCGUUGACGUCCAGCAGCCGACAGAGGUAUUGUGCAACGUAAGUUUAGUUUUAGGAAAUAUGUCUCUAACGAGUCGUACAGUUUACGUGUUGUGUUUCGUCGUGUCUUGUGUUAGAGAUGUUAAUUCCUUUGGAAUUGAAUUUAUCCACGAUGGUGAUGUCAAUCAGUUUCAACAGAAAAGCUUAGAAGAUUUAAAGGCAUUUAUCAACAAUGAUUACCAUAUUUCUUGCCAUCCUUCACCGAUACGUUGGACUGAAAUUUGGGUAUCGACAGACACCAUCGCUACUGAUUCUGAACGUCUAGGAAAAGGUGACACUACUGGUUGGAUAAUUGCGAUUACCAAUUGCCAGCUCGCCGAUAGUGUUGAAUUGAUUUUAAACUCAUCUUCAACCAAACCGAUUCUUCGUCUGGAUUCAACGUCCUGUCCAGCAACGACUGGACUAACCACUGAUCGUUUAGAAGAAGUCAACAGAGAUGGGUGUGUCAGAUGCUCCGUAACCAAAUGGCUGGAACAACAAAUCUGUUUUUCAUCGACGGACAAUGACACGAGGCGUUUGCUGCUGGGCAAUGCAACACAUUUCAACUUGAGUAAGGAGUUUCAAGACUGCAGUGAAUCAGAUGAUAUUCGAUGGAGUCCAACGAAUUCACCGCUUUUGUUCGACGCAUCCGAGAACGGCAGUCGGUUGAAUGGCAGAAAACUGCGGUUAACAUCUCUAGAGCGAUUUCUUGGAGAGAGGCGAUCAACUUAUGUGACUGUAGAACGUGAUGUAAACGGUAAUAUCAUCGGUUACAAAGGAUAUUGCUACGAAAUUAUUCACGCUCUUCAAAAACUCUACAAUUUCACGUACGAAGUUGAAAUUCCUGGCGACAACACUUACGGACGGGAAACAUUGAACGGUAGCUGGAAUGGGAUGAUAGGAUUGAUCCUGGAGAACAGGGCUGACAUAGCUGUGGGUGUUUUUUCAGUCACGCACUCCCGUUCUCAAGUCGUCGAUUUUUCCGUCGGUUUCCUGGAAGAACCAGCAACUAUAUUGAUCCCUCCCCCAGCGCAAGAAAGCCGCUUGUUAGUGUACGCAAAGCCAUUCCAAUUACAGGUGUGGGUUACUCUAAUGGUGUUUGCGAGUGUUCUUCCCGCGUUUCUUUGGUAUUUUCUCAAAAGUUUAUGGAUUCAUCAUCAAGGGAAGUACCCGAUUUUAGGGGAAAACUAUGCGUUUGUCCUUAGGGUCCUCAUUGGCCAGUCUGGACAAGGACUGCCUCCUGUGGGUUUUUCUCCACGUUUUCUCGGGAUUGUGUGGUGCGCGAGUGCAGUUGUGUUUGCGAGCGCUUACGUUGGUGUCUUAGUGUCAUUUCUACGCUUUCCCAAAUUAUCUCCAAUCAUCAGCAAUUUGGAGGAGCUUCCACGAUCGCAACUGAAGUGGGCCGUGGUGAGGGGAACAGCUCUCGAAUCGCUCUUUAUUGAAGCUACAUCUGGAGUUUACAAGGCAAUUGGAGACGGAUUGUUAGCGCAUCCCGAAGAUCGUAUUUUUUCGGGAACAGACGGGAUCCAGCGUGUCAUUAGUGGAAGCUACGGUUAUAUAGAAGAGAGGUCGUAUCUUAAGGCUAUCACAGAACAGGACCACGCCAAGACGGGCAAGUGCCGCUUCAGUUUUGUCAAUCAGGAAUUUUUCAAAGUCAAUUUUGCCUUUGCUUUUCCGAAAGCCAGUCCGUUGAAACCUCUUUUCGAUAAAAAAAUUUUGCAAAUGAUGGAAGCAGGGCUGGGAGAGUAUUGGAAAAAUGUUUAUUGUCCGUCUUCUGGUGCUGCCGAAUGUGGAAUCGUUAAACAAUCCGACGGAGCUAAAAGUCUAACACUUGUGGAUUUGCAGGGCGCUUUCCUUAUUUUGGCUAUCGGAUCAGGAUUAGCGUUUCUUUUAUUUUUAGCUGAGAAUUUUACUUCUCUGUCCCUCAGUGUUUGUGUCUAGCCUUUUGUUCAACUCCCUUCGAUGAUUAGCAAAGAAGUUAGGAAAACUUUAGGUUGUUUCAUAGUGAUUUAGGUAUCUUGGCUAUUGAAUGUAAAAUGUUUUUAUUCUUUCGUACCGCUGAAUUCAUCAAAUAUCUAGGAAUAUUAAAAGUGAUAUUUGGGAAACUGUA